AGACGACAACUGCAGAGGAACAAACAUCACCAUCAAGCGUACCUACUCUCUCUAGCACAAUACCUGCAUGUACCAGACACACGAGCUCAACAUCUGCCUCUGACGCCGCCGUCACAGCCUAUUUGAGAGGUACUCCGCAAACUGAUGAUCGCAGGGACGAUCAGAAUCUACUUGUUGCGCAAGGUACUACGCCAUCUGCUUAUCUUGGAGGAGGUAUCAGUGCCUCUUCUCCGAGUUCUAAAAAACUACCACGACCGCU